UCCUUCAUUUGAUAUUAAAGCUGCCAUUGACAUUAGCAGCAAGAAGCCGUCGUAUAUAUUUUACAAAGAGUAAUGCAGGUGUAGUUUUUUAAUUCCUAGAUGAGUGGCAUGCUUUCGUACAUAUCAAAGCUAACUUAUUUGCAUUUCCGUGAGGUCUGUCAGAGCUUUCUCUUCGAUCUACUAAACUUUAAAAAGGCACACGAACAGUGUGGCUAAGUAAUCAAAAUUUGACAUAAAAAAACUCCAGACAAGUAAAUGAAAAAAUAAAUUGAGUGGGAGGAACACAGUGGAAGAAUAUCGAAAGCUGGGCGAAAAGUUGUAAUAGAUGAUAAUGUAAAUAAUUGAUGAUUUUCAAUUAUACUCAUGACGCUGUUGGGCUUUUAUCGCUUCGUGUUUUUGGACUGGCUAACAUAUUUUUAGCACGGACAAAAGUUACCAUUUUCCCCGAGGCCCCCUUACUUAUUCAAUAUUCCACCUUUAAAAAAGCACCAAUUGUCGCGAUGGUCGCUGUAUUUGAACAAGAAAUGGAUAGUGUCUAUAUCGAGCAGAAUAUGAGGAUUUAAAUACCGUUAUUUUGGAUUCAUCCUAUUGGUAGGAUAUUCUUAGCUGUUAUCGUCGCGAUCUCAAUCAAUAUGUAAUUUCCUUGUUUAGUUUUCGCGACCAAAACGACAAUUUAAGUUGGCAAAAUUGAACGUCAAAAACAAGAUAGUAUUUUCACACGCCUUAACRCAGACAGUAAAAAAAGUGAACACUUUCUCUAGAUCAUGUAACGAUGCUAGAUGCUUGCGCGCAAACAAUCAAAUAACAUUUGUAAUAACAAUUGGUGGGUUACGAUUGGUUGAUUCGUUAAAUUAAGAACAGCACGCAUACCAAAUGCCAUUCUUUUUGAUUAUUUCAUCAGUGGAAUGAAUUCUCGGUAAAUGCAUUUCAAUUCGUGGUCAGUCCAGACAUCGAUUAUAAAUACAUCCUUCACUGAUUUAUUGGGUUAUUGAAUGAAGUUGAAGAAAAGGAAAACAGAAAUUAAUUUACCAUUUUCCACCACAAAACCCACUUAAUUUCAACAAGUGAAAAAAUUAUGAAAACACAAAAUUAGUUAAAAAUUGUGGCCUAUUUUAUCAUUGAAUUCAUCAAGAGUCACUUUCCUAGACAACCGAAAUACGUCAGUAAUAAACCACAAGGUUGAAAUAUUAUAAAACGAGAGGAAAUUUAUUCUAUUUUGAAUUGAAUGCUAUUCUCAUUAAUGUCAGCAAGGAAAAGUGAAUUCCAUUCCACCACGGGGUCCCCCAGAGGUUAUUUGGUGGCARAAGCGGCCAGGUGGUCGGUCAGAAUCACGGUGUAUAUCGAGUGACUUUCCAAGUGUCGACUGCUCAACAUAGAAGCAGAGUAGUAAUCGCCAGAGCAAGGUUUCUUAAGGAAAUAAGCGGGGAGUUUAAGGCGAGCAUUCACGCCUAUUUUGGACUUCAUUUUGUAGAUUGCCGUGGUCUGUAUGCGCUUGGUCUGGAGCAAACAUGGGCAAAAAACAGAGUAAACUCGAUCCUCAGGUCAUGAAUGAUCUUAUGAGAAGAACAGAUUUCGACGAGAAAGAGCUCAAGUCGUGGUAUAAAGGUUUUCUGAAAGAUUGUCCGAGUGGUUACCUAACAAAAGAACAGUUUAUUGAAAUGUACAAUAAAGUAUUCCGCCAAGGCGAUGCAACCAAGCUGGCCGCGUGCGUGUUUCGACGGUUUGAUGUCAAUCGAGAUGGCAAAAUCGAUUUCCGAGAAUUCAUGUGUUCGCUCUAYGUAUCAACACGCGGGUCUAUGGAACAGAAACUCAAAUGGGCUUUCAGUAUAUACGACAUAAAUGGUGAUGGUUUUAUAACAAAACAAGAAAUGUACCGCAUUGUCGACGCACUGUAUAGAACGGCAGGGGACGAUCCCACAACUAACAAGAGUUUGGUGGCUCAGUGGGAAGAGCUUGAUCCGGAAGAGCGAACACUAAAAGUGUUCAGGAGCUUUGACACAAACAGAGACGGGCUUCUUUCACUGUCAGAAUUUCUAGAAGGCGCCAAGAAAGACAAAACUUUAGCUUUAAUUCUUGAAAAUCAGUCGUGUGAUUUUUGAAGCUAACAAAACAAAUUUGGGACACUGGGCGUAUCCUAUGUACAUAGAUAGACGGACAUUUAGAAUUWACGUCAACCGAAUUUAUAAACUUUGAUAUCCACUCGUUCCCAUUCACUUUUGCGCAUGGAUAAAGAUUCACCUCCGCUGACCAAUACAGAACUAUACAUGCAGGUUAGGAAAUUCAACACCGCAAAACACAGAAGGGCGUGGCCAAUGCCACGCGRCACUAAUGAAAAUAUAAUUCCUCUAGCUUCAAGAGGACUGUUUGAUAAAAUACAAAACUGAAUCAGUUUGAUAAAAAUGUUAGAGUUACGUGUCUCUAGUGUCAAAAGAAUAGAUGUCCAUGUUGGUUAUGGAUUAGCCACUGAAAUGUUGGCCUGGAAUUAAAAUAGYCAACUCGAUCUCGUUUUAUGACAUGAGAAUUCAAUGUAUCCAAUGUAAAAUAGUAAUAUACUGGAUAACAACUUGUAGCUGUUGUAUAUUAUUUUUUUGUUGCGCAAUGGCGCGGCUCUAAAAUAUCUAAUUUGUCAGGAUUUUGGUUGGGUGUUUUUGGUUUGGAAAUAUUUUUGAAAAUAGGAUUAUUCGUGCCUAGGACGGAGGUUUUGAGUGAGUCCUGAACUUUUGGAUGGACCCAAUUCUCAUUCGUUAGGCAAAGAAUGCUGCAACAGACUCACAACUUUCACCACAUUGAGUAGAUGUUUAUUGAAAGUCAAAUUAUUAAUACACAAGGUUUUUUCUGAA